UUCGAACGGUGCGGAUCGGAUCAACUCCCUGGAUCCUUAGGGGUCUCUCUCUCUGUGUGUGAAUAUUUGAGUGGUGCUUAGUUGGGGGAUUGGAUUUGUGAGUUGUGCUACUGCUGCAACUGGUGAGGACUUGUGGUCCAUCAGUGGAUGAUAGAUGACGCAGUAAUUCUCAAAACGUGAAAGUGGGAAAGUAACAUCUAGUCGAGCUACGUUUGCUGGAUCCCAGAUCUGGUCUGUUUUGGUUCGGUUGGUUUUGCUGAAGGCUAGUGACCCCUAGCGUAUGGAUACAGUGACCAGUUAGUUGUUGAGCCCAGUGAGGGAGAUCUCAUCGACGAGCAAUUAGUCGUGGCUGAUUGACUUCCCGAUUCGGUCCGAUCAGGGACAGCAAGGCAGAGACAGAGGCUGAAGGAGGAAGGAAGAGCGGAGGAACUGGAGUAGGACGGCCAGUAACAACCGUUAAGAUGCUGUCCAGACGAGGUUUUAUCUUGGCGGUUGCUGUAGCAUUUGCGAUAUGCAGCCUCAUUUCCACAGCAGACGCUCUCCAGGGCUACUACGGCACCAAAAUCGGUGACCUGACGCAGCUGCACCACGGCGUUUCCGGCGUCGUUUAUGCCGUCGACGCCCGAACUCUGUUCCUGAAGAACUUCAACUACGACGGUGAAGGUCCAGCUGCCUACUUCUACGUCGGUAACACCCGGGCUCCCAGCAACAAGGGCGCGUACCGGCUGCGGGACGAACGAGGCCGUUCCGGGGUGCUGCGGAGGUAUCGCAACGAAGAUUUGACCCUGUCGCUGCCGGAGGGCAAAACCCUGCGGGAUCUCAAGUGGUUCUCGAUUUGGUGCGACGAUUUCAGUGUCAACUUUGGAGAUGUAGUCAUACGGAAUGAUUUGGAUUUUCCCCGGCCUACUAAGAUCGGGCAGCUGGGUGGAAUUCAUGACGUUUCCUCCGAUAACAUUGUGAUCGUCGACGCUCAGACGCUGUUGAUUCCGAACUUCAACUACGACGGGGAGGCUCCAGAUGCCAAGUUCUGGGUCGGUCGAGGUGCCAAGCCCAGUCCGCAGGGCAUCCGGAUUCCGGACGAGAAUGGCAAGGAAACUCCGCUGCGUAGGUAUGACAAGAAGACCAUCGUUCUGACGUUGCCCGGGGAUCUGACCGUGUUCGAUAUCGGCCACUUUGGCGUCUGGUGUGAGGCCUUCACCGUUGAUUUCGGCCAUGUGCGAAUCCCGGACCGGAUUAAUGUUCCUCCGUCGUUGAAAAUGCUGGGCAUCAGCCCCCAGUCCAAGCUGAACUGUGAAGUUCUCCUAGAUGACCUAGCCUUCGAAGUCCGUUGGGCCGUCGCCGGAGAGAGCAUCGUGAUCCAACUGGUUGCCAGACUUGAGGAUGGCGAAUACAUGUCAUUUGGUGUGUCCCCGGACACGGCUCGCAGCGUUAUGGUUGGCGCAGAUGCCGCCGUGGUUUGGAUCGAUAAGGCAACCGGAAAGGGUUAUGCUCAGGAUUACUACUUGGAUGCUAAGUCACAAUGUUCCGGAGGUCGAGGAAGUUGUCCCGACACCAGGAUAACCGAAAAUAGCAACUCGAUUCGGCUGCUGAACGCUGCCAUGGUCAAUGGAUAUUCGAUCGUAACUUAUCAGAGGCCUUUGAGAGCCACCGAUCAUCUGGAUCUACCGAUCGUCACGAACGCAUCCCAGGCUAUCAUUUGGGCAAUUGGUCCACUCAAUCAACGAUAUGAAGUUUCGUACCACUCGCAGUUCCUGAAGUCCACCAAACAGUUUGACUUCGGUCGGCAACCUUACUGGAACUGUCCGACUCCGGAAUCGGAUCAGCAAAAGCAACCGGAAAAUCCUCAGAAGCUUCAAAGCCUGGAACCAAAUCGCCGGGUAGAUGCUAUGGCUCAGAGACCCAACAAGCUGCCGGUUGUGGAACGACAACCUGCCACCGCUAGACCUCCGGCCAAAGCAGGAGCCUGGGAGAUUCCGCCGAUUCAGUGCGACGAACCCGAGGACGGUGUGUUCUACGCCCAGAUGGGUCCAACGGGGGGCAAGCAGGGCUACCCAGCGAUCACUGGACACGUCGGCUGGGGCAUUUCGUGGUACAUCAACGGUUUGCUGAUCCCGGAAAUCAAUGUGGUCCGAGGUAAGACGUACACGUUCGUUGUUGAGGGUGGUCACGAUCCCGAGUUCCCCGCCAAGUACCAUCCGUUCUACAUCACCGAUGAUCCUGUGGGGGGUUACGAUCACCAGGAGGAGGACGUCCGAAGGAACACCCGUAUCUUCGCCGGAGUUCACAUGGGUCGAAAUGGUCAACUGAUUCCAACGGGAGUAGGCCGAAGCUGUUACUGGACUCCCAACCCAGAUGGCCCUCCGGCUGAUGCGUAUCCAUCGUUUGGAGCCUACCAGCGUAGUCUGACGUUGAAGUGUGACCCGGGUGAGCCCGGAAUCAUAACCUGGACCCCAGAUGCGGACACUCCGGAUACAGUUUUCUACCAGUGCUUCACGCAUCGGUACCUGGGAUGGCGAAUCAACGUUCAUGAUUCUUGUAGCCUGGCAGCUCCCAGCGAAAUCGAUGAAGUCUAUGCUGAUCCGGAUGAAUCGUUCUCGGCUGAGGCUUCGAUCAGGCACGAAUCUAAGUUGCUCCCUGCGGACAGCUAUCAUCCUCAUCAUGACAACUACCUGCAGAAGGAUGAAAACGAGCACCUCAAGAAUCACAAAAUGAAUCCAGAACACCCUGAGGGUAGCUUCAAUCUGGAUUUGGAAAACGACCCAGAAAUGGCAAAGAUUAUUGAAGAAGGAAUUCGUGCAGCGGAAGAUUUGGAGGAGAGGCUGAAGAGUAAUCAGACUUAUUCGAAUGCCACAAUCGGUUACAACCAUACCCAUCCGGAUUCUGCAGGUCAAACAAAGCCGAUUCUAUCUUCAUCCGGUCUACCGGUGUACCUGAGACCCCCGAACAAUGGUCCCAUGUUCCGACCGGUAAAAUUGCCGAUGCGCAGACCGAUUGCUGUUGAGCGACGACCGGCCAAUGCACGACCUACGCGACCCUUCGUGAUCCCGCAACCAUCGAUGAUCGUCAACCACUACCAGAAAAACGUGAGUCCAUUAAUGCGCCCAUUCAUGCCCAAGUCCAAAAUGCCCAUCAAAGCUAUCGCACCGAUCUUACUCCUGGGUGAACCAACCGAAAUUAAGCCAUUUCGGAAACCGGCCCCGCAAUCAAUGAUCCAACCCGUUGAAAUGAUGAUGGUCAAACCAGCCAAACAGAUAACCUACAUGGUUCCGGAUGUCUCGCCUCAUCUCGCAAUCAACUUGAAAAAAGAUCAACAGACCCCGAUCAACCUGCCACUGCGUCAAACCCGACGGCCAAUGCAUAAAGAACCGAUUAACAUUAAACCGAUGUUCAAGUCCCCGUAUGAAGUAACGGAAAAUAAGACCCCGAUCGAUCCUCCGGUGAACCAUGGCUUUGAACCGAGCUCGGUAGUUGUCGAAAGUGGUUUCAAGCCCAUCUACAGACGAAACGACAUGAACGCGGAAUAUGACGACGAGAUUCGUCACCAUGGGGUGGAAAUGAUUCAGCGACGCCAGGACGAUGACAUUGACGAAGCGAUCGAAAGCGAUGCCCUGAUGAUCGGAAGUGGAGAACCACAGAGACAGUCCUUUGAGCCAAUGUUUAUCCCAUCGCCUCUGGAGAGUAUGGCCAUGGAGCGAAAGUCCGGUAAUGAGGUCGAUAACUACCCGGAAGAGCGAUUGACGGGAGAUCUUAAAGAAAUGAACGUGGAAAAUGGCGAAGAUAAGAUGGCAAUGGCAGAUGAGCGGGUGGAUGCCUACUAUCUUCCUCCGGCCACCCAAAAAGUUAUGAAAGUGUAUCCGGAGGGAUCUGUCGUGUCUUACGAUGGAAAAGCAGUUUUGGACGUAUCGUUACUUAACUCACCGUCCUCCGUCAGACAAGAGGCUGUCAAGUCAGCUUCUAAAACGGAGCAAUUGGUCAGGGAAACUCCACAGUUUGGACCAUUCCGUGGAGAUGUCCCACCGAUUUUCGAUUACAAAGCGCCAGAUUCGAGUCCAAUCUACGGAUCGCGAGGAUCAAGUGCAGUGCAGCCACCAGUGUCUGAGUAUGCUAAUCCGUUGGUCCCCGGAGGAAUCACUCAACAGGAAAGCAAAGACAUCGGUGGAAAACCAAUUUCCACGAAGCUCUCGAUCGUGAAGUCCUCUGAAGAAGGACGAGAGCAGUCCCGGAAAAGGCGUGAAGCUCAUCACCAUCCCGAUCACCAAGGGGACAACCACGAUGAUGGCUGGGACAAAUAUCACAACCAGAAGAGCGGCGCAGUUUCACCAUUAUCUACCAUCACGAUUCUCCUCACGCCAUUACUGGUGCUGAUCCGGAGAUUCCUCUAAGAUACUCGUUUUCAUUGCUUAGCGUAUUUCUUGAUUAGGCGUUUAAGUAUUAUUAGAUAAGUUUUAUUUAAUUCUAAAGUACACAUUGAGCGAAGCUUUUUUAAGCUGAUUUGAGAUAUAAAAAAAACACACACACAAAUCACAACAAACAAACACACUGUAAAUACAAAGUAAAACAAAUCGUGCAGUGACAUGAUUCCUCCUCAAA